AUGCAUGCGGUACGACCGGCCCGGAGCGUCCUCGCAAGAGGCGUCUCCGCACCCUCGACGACCGCCGCUACCGCUCCGGCCCUCCCCGUCCGCCUCUUCCACACCUCAUCCAGCCGGUCGACACGCAGAAGAUCCAGAUUCAAGAACAUUACCGCAGAGAAGAUGGGCUUGACGAACCCGGACGCUGCCCAACGCUAUGCCAAGAAACACUUCCCCGACUACACCCCCGAGCAGUUGGCACAAUUGAGGAAGAAAUACACCCCCGAGCAGAUGGAGGCCCUCGAGGCUGCGGAGGACGCCAUUGACCCGAAAGAUCUGGCUGUACAGGGCCGUUUGCGUGUAGACCCCUACCGACAGAACUACCUCGAGGACUUCGCGACCAUCCAGCCCGUAAUCGAUGCGAAACCGCAGAAGCCCGUUCAGCCGCGGGAGGUGGAGUGGCUCCCACGGAGGGAAUGGGUCGACGAUUAUGUUGAGAAGCUGGCGGACCGGGUCGAGGUGCAGCUCAAGGACUCUAUGGGCAAGGCCUACGCCCGCGCCCUGCGCAAACUCAAGACAGACAAUCCGGACCAGAUCGACUUCACUCAUGAGGAGCUGAAUGAGCUCGAGAAGAACCCGGAGCUGCGCCGCAAGUUCCUGAUUGAAGAGGAUACGGACGUGCUGGGCAGCUCGUCGACAAAGCCGGCGUCGGAGCCGGUGAACACCCAGUGGUUCGACGAAAUCGACAAGGAGUUCUACAAGGAGCUCGGGCGGGAGUUCAGCACAGACAAGAACCCGGUUGAACCCCCUCGGCUGGACUCGUGGAAGGCGAUAGAGGGUCCCGAAGGCGAGACGGCGCUCGCGCCCAAACUCGGCAAGGUCGAGGGCGUCAAGGGCCUGUACACCCUCGAGGACGCUGAGGACGAUGACCUGGAUCCCACGGGCGAAUACGCCAAGAUCAAGGCCCUGACUGGCAUUUCGAUCCGCGACAUCCAGACGCUCAUCGCCAAACCCAUCGUUGCGCGCAUGGUCCACAACCAGACCCGUCUGGGCAAGAUCCGCAGUGUUUCCAUCAUCGUCGUUGCCGGUAACGGUGACGGCAGGCUCGGUCUGGGAGAGGCCAAGUCUGUGGAUUUCGGCAUUGCCAGGACUACGGCUAGAAUGUUGGCCAUUCGCAACAUGAGGCCGAUUCGGAGGUACGAGAACCGUACCAUCUACGGCGAGAUCCAGAAGAAGAUUUCGGGCACUGUGGUGAAGCUGCAGUCCCGUCCCCCAGGCUUCGGACUCCGCGUUUCCCACCGUAUAUUCGAAAUGGCCCGCCUCGCAGGUAUCCACGACCUGUCGGCCAAGAUCAUGCGCUCCAAGAACCCUUACAACACCGUCAAGGUCGUCUACGAGUGCCUCACGAAUCAGCCCGACCCGGAGCAGAUCGCCAUCGGCCGCGGAAAGAAGAUGGUCGACGCGAGAAAGGUGUACUACGGCGGCUCUGUAUAUUAA